AGUACCACCGUGUGCCGCCUACGUGAAUUUACACAUGACAAAGUCGUCAAAGCGACGUUUGUAGCAGUACUUCGCACUGCAGAACAUUCGAGAGGUCUCGACACCCAGGGGACAUCCCGGAUACAGCGGUGCUUUCUUAAAACUUGACUCAUUCGUCGUGUGGACGCUUUAGAGAACUUGAACAUCCCCUCCUCACAAAAACCCCCACCAAGAAGCCCUGCUGCAAUCGAUACAAGACCAGCGGCAGUCAUCGACCAGCGUUCACUGCGGCUCUUGGACGAUCAGCGUUGUUUAUGUCUUUGUUUUGCGAAAACGAGCUGUUGCGCAGCCGUCGGAACCUGUGUGGUGGAAAUCUAGCCUUCAAGCGAGGAGCUUGCGGCCACAGCGGCACAGCGUUUUUCAUGUCAGAGACCGAGCACGCUUGCAGUCGUUUAUGUCAUCCCCUCUUUUCCAGACAGAAGAUCCCGGAAAAUCCCCAACCAAGAUCCUCUUACCUUACUGAUAGUACUAGCAUUCAGCCAAAAUGUCUGUCAACGUCAACCGCAGCGUGUCGGACCAGUUCUAUCGCUACAAAAUGCCCCGUCUGAUUGCCAAGGUGGAAGGCAAAGGGAAUGGAAUCAAGACGGUCAUUGUCAACAUGGUUGAUGUUGCAAAGGCGCUGAACAGGCCUCCAACAUACCCAACCAAGUUUUUUGGCUGUGAACUCGGUGCUCAGACCCAGUUUGAUACCAAAAACGACCGCUACAUCGUCAACGGAUCCCAUGAGGCGAACAAGCUGCAAGACAUGCUUGACGGGUUCAUCAGAAGAUUUGUGCUGUGUACCGAGUGUGACAACCCAGAAACUGACCUGAAUGUGAAUCCCAAGAAACAAACCAUUGGCACUUCCUGCAAGGCAUGUGGGUACCGUGGCAUGCUUGACACCAGGCACAAACUCUGCACGUUCAUCCUUAAAAACCCACCAGAGGCCACUGACAGUGGAUCUGCAUCUGCAAAGAAGGAGAAGGAGAAGAAGAAUCGCAAGAAGGACAAGGAAAACGGCUCUGGAAGCGGAGAGGCUGGAAACCAAGAGAACUUUGAUGCCCCUGAGGCUGUGGAACGAGAUGAUGAUGACGAAGACUGGGGGGAGGAGACCACCAAGGAAGCUCAGAGGAGGCGAAUGGAGGAGAUCAGCGACCACGCCAAGAACCUCACGCUCAGCGAGGACCUGGAGAAACCUCUGGAGGAGCGAGUGAACCUCUUCUACAACUUUGUCAAACAAAGGAAAGAGAGCGGCACCAUUGACGCGGCCGACAGGGAUAUCCUGGCUGAGGCAGAGCGGCUGGACGUAAAGGCAAUGGGCCCGCUCAUUCUGAGCGAGCUGCUCUUUGACGAAAACAUCCGCGAGCAGCUGAAGAAGUACAAACGUCACUUCCUGCGGUUCUGCCACAACAACAAGAAGGCCCAGAAGUAUUUGCUGGGAGGAUUUGAGUGUGUGGUGAAGCUGCACCAAGUUCAGCUUUUGCAGAGAGUUCCUAUCAUCCUCAAAGAUCUCUAUGAUGCCGAUCUGCUGGAGGAAGACGUCAUAUUUGCCUGGGCUGAGAAGGUUUCUAAGAAGUAUGUCUCCAAGGAACUGGCCAAAGAGAUCCAUGCUAAGGCUGCACCCUUUGUCAAGUGGCUGAAGGAGGCAGAGGAGGAGAGUGAGGGGAGCGAGGAAGAGGCGGAAGAAGAUGACGAAAACGUUGAGGUGGUUUAUUCCUCUUCGGCCCGUGAGCUCACAGUGGAAACAGUGAAAGCGGACAUGCCUGAAAAAGAAGAAGACGACAUCGAUAUCGACGCCAUCUGAGACGCUCGGAUGAGGAUGAUGCUUUCUUGUUUUUUGUGGCUUUGACUCUGUUAUGAUUUUUGACCUAAACAGCUGAACCCUAACACCUAGCACCAUCCCGUAACUACCUGCUCCCCCCGACCACCCCUUCCACUCUAUUCCUCACUUGCUUUGCAGCAUGAUGUAACCUAGCACUCGCUAAUUUGCUGCACAUUCACUCUGUCAUGUAGACAUGUAUUCAGUUCUUGAAAUGAUGUCGCUUUUGGGGAUUUUAAUCAUCAUGGGUGUUUUGGGAUCAUUGGAGUGCACUUUUCUGGUCCCCUUGUAUUUUUCCAAUUAAUAAAGAAUGAAUGUUUUGCUAUCCACAA